AGAAGGUUCAGCGAGAAGAGAGAAUUUUUAGAUGUUUUGCUAUUAUGGUGCUUGGCGUUACAAAAAAUCCGGUUCCAAUCGGUUUGUUCUUCAAGAAAGCUGGUGCAAGUACUCCAUUUGAAAAUGCCAUCAACCAAAAAUAACUGUGCGGAUAUAAACUCAAGGAGGAUAUUGUGAUACAAACUUUCCCAGAAAUGGUGGCAGUCCCAGAGCUUGAAGACCGUUGCAAACUUUAGACAGGAAUUGUGCAUGCAUGGUACCUACUACAGUUGCAAGGAAAGGAAAUUUUCACCGAAUGAACGAAUAUCGAAUAAUCGAUUCUCGAAAUUUUUUUAAACGAAUGGGUAUCGAAUAUUUGAUUUUCGAAAAAAAUUUCGAAUGAACGCAUAUUACUCGG